UUGGUCGGUCUCUAUUCUGAUGUCUUGAGUUGGAUGCAUGAGUUGACUGUUUUGAGUAAGUGGUUGAGUCAAGUCUAGGUCGGUUGGUGAACAGAAGGGAGACUCUUCCUUUACUCGAUUUUGCUGCACUCGAAUGUCCUUUGUGGUGGUUGUCCAGGUUGCUAUUGAAGUUGGUCAGGUAUUGAUGUUUGAAAACCAGUACGAUUCACGUGUUCUGUGCCUUUAUGACUUGUCCCCAAUGUUGGUUGAUUGAAAUAUGUAAGCUUACCUUGUAUCUGACUUGGUUUGCUUGGGGACAAGCAAACAGUUAAGUGUGGGGGAGUUUGAUAGACCGUUAAUUACACAUGUUUUUACCCCUGUUCUUACACCGUUUGAGGUGUUGAUUCUCGUGUUUUAGGCCGAUUUUACGCUAGGUUGUGCUUGUUUGUGAUAUUUCAGGUCCUAGUACGUGAAUGGAGGCUUGGGAGCGAGUUUGGGGUCGAUUGGACAAAGAUCGGACGCGUGGCGAGGUGCUAAGGAAGCCGCACGGGCAUUCCUGGACAUCACACGGCCGUGCAACUCACAUUUGUGGCCGUGUGAUUUUCGUCGAGAGCAAACACGGGCAUGAUGGAAAUCCCACACGGCCGUGCGACCCUGGCCGUGUGGGAAGCCUAAGAUCGAACUAAUUGAUACGCCGCGUUUUGACUCACACGAACAACUGGGUGAGCCACAUGGCCGUGUGGCCUGCCCGUGUGAGUCGGGAAAUCUUGGUUUUUCAGCCAAUUUCGAGCCACAAGUGAGAAGAUCGGACUUUUUGAGUAAAAACAGAGCCCUAGAGAGAGAAAGUACGAAGAACACAUCCUAGAAGCUAUCUUGGAGCUGGGUUUCAUUGAAUCGAGCUUGGAGAUCGUCCUAGGAGUGGAAAUCAUCAUCCCGGAGCAGAUUUUCCUCAUCUUUAUGAGUAUGACUACUCCGAUUACUGUUUUCCUCUCUCUCUAUGAAGUAGAACCCCUCUCUCACUUGGGGAUGAAGAAUCCUAGUUCUAUGUGUUAGGGAUUGAUUGUAAUGACUUGGAAUGAUAUUACUGUUUGAUUUUAAUCGAAUGAUGCAUGUUUAUUGAGUCAAUUGAAGUUUGAUCAACUUUUCUUGAUUUCUGCUGCAACCUGAGAUAGAUAGAAUCUGAUUAGGUUGUUAGAGUCUCUUCAUUCGAUAGUAGGAGAUUGGCUAUAGGAGAGUUAGCCAGUUUACUGCUUUGUACUGGAAUUCAAUUCCAGUAGUGGAGUUCUGUUCUUACUGCUUCAGCUUUCUAUCCCGGUGAAGACUAGUCGUCUGCCGGGUAGUUAGACUGAGAGGGCUUGGUCAGCUUAAGAGAUUCCAAGCUACUGUCGGAUCUUCCGCAGUCUAAUCAACAGUAAAUCAACCCAGGGAAAUACAAUUGAAAUCUAACUAAGGAGCUAGGGGGACUCAUUCCCGAGUGACUCUUUCCUGCUUGAGAAAACCGAAUAAUUUCCUGCUUUCUUGCUGCUUUUAGUUUAAACACAAAUCACUCGACUUAGUUGGUUAGAUAAUAAAUAAUCACAGAGUAAACAGUAGAUCUAGACCCCGGGUUGAUAAUAGAACCUGCCUGUUACUGCAUUCCCGGACUGCGAUUACACUUGGUCGCAGUUUGGUGUUGUGUUUUGGCGUGUCAAUAGUGUAGCGGGUUUAAACCCGAACCCGGCCCAAAACCCGUCAACAUGAAUUUUACCCGCGUUGACCGGAUUUGGUCGGGUGGGUACCCGUGGGUUCGAGUUUUGUUACCAUAUGUAGAGCUGCUGCUUCAGACGACCACCGAGUUGAGAUCUAGCAUUGAACGCGUCUCGGUGAAAUCCAGCAUCGUGUUUUCCAUCCUGCGGCUUGUCAAGUCUUCACCGGUCAUGAUCUUUACUGAUUCCAUCGUCAACGAAACCUUGUCCAGUCAAAGGUAGACACCAUCUAAGGUGUGUCCCAGCGCAUAAGCCAAAUCCAGCAAAAACUUCGAAUGGUUCCAAUUUCGGCACUAUUGUUGUUGAAAUUAAAGGGCUUGUUUUAAUUGAGGGAGGGUCAUCUUCAAAGCACCUCGUUGCUUUACUCCCGCUGUUCAGCCAUCGUUGAUUUCUUCGCCAGAGAAGAGAUGUUGCUGAUAGGGAUGGCAAUGGGUCGGGUUGGGUCGGGUUUUGUCAAACCCAAACCCAAACCCAUGAGUUUAUCCGUGAAAAAAACCGGGGUAAAACCCAUUGGGUUUGAAAAACUCAAACCCAACCCAACUCGCUGGGUAUUCGCGGGUUCAUGGAUACCCACGGGUUUUUGUCUCAAAAAAUUCACAAUAACAAAUUCCUAUCAAAAUU